AUGAGUGGUGGUGUUGAUGGUCUUUUGGAAUUUCUGCUCUAUGUUGGCCAAGCCAAACGAACACUUCGCACAGGUUGGGUUUUACGUGGUGUUGAAAGAGCAGAAAGUGUUGCAGAUCAUAUGUAUCGAAUGGCUGUUAUGUCACUUUUAUUACCAACUGUAUCAGAACAAUCAAAAGUCCGUUGUAUGAAAUUAGCACUUGUACAUGAUUUAUCAGAAUCAGUUGUUGGAGAUUUAACUGAAUUUGAUGGCAUACCGAAAAGUGAAAAACACCGACGAGAAAGUGAAUCAAUGCUUUAUUUAACACGUUUGUUACCAGCUAAUGUUGGAAAAGAGAUAUUUGCAUUAUUUAAUGAAUAUGUUGAUAAAAAAACAAAUGAAGCAAAUCUUGUGAAAGAUUUAGAUAUAUUUGAUAUGCUCGUACAAGCUUAUGAAUAUGAAAAAAUUCAAGGUGAAAAUGGAUUUUUAGAAGAGUUUUUUAAAAGUUCAGUCAAUAAAGUACAAACGGAUAUUGUUAAAAAAUGGCUCCAAGAAUUGAUUCAAUGUCGAUCAUCAACAAAACAAGUUCAAUUACCAUCUGACUCAAAUCUUAAUACAAUGCUUAAACAUGUUCUUUAUGAUAAUCAAGGAACAUAUCUUUACAAACUUCCAGCAUCUGAUAUUCGUGAAAAAGUAAAUGAUUUUAUCUCAAGUAAAAGUCAAAAUGAUAAUUCAUCAUCAAUUGAUACAACUGAAUGUUUGACAAAUUUUGUCAAAGAUGUCGAAGAUCGAUAUGAUUAA